AUGGACUUUGCUAUUCCUAAUACUAUUGCAUCUCUUUCUCCUAUUACUGAUGAUAUUGUGUCUACUAGAAAUAUGUCUUCUCUUGUUACAAGCUUUAUGGCAUUAGUAUAUAUUGAUGACAUACUAGUGACAAAUGGUAAUUCUAAUAAGAUUCAAGUCUUGAUUACUCAACUAAAUCAACCAUUUGCUCUCAAGGAUCUUGGAAAGGUUAGUUACUUUCUUGGCAUUCAAGUCCAUUCCACAACUAAAGGCUUGCACUUGUCUCAGUUCAAGUGCAUUUCUAAUUUGCUUCAAAAGACCAGGAUGUUGUGCAAAGGGAUUAGCACUCCUAUGGUUAGUAGUCUCAAACUUUCUGCCUCUGGUUCUAAACCAAUUGAUGAUGUCCAAUUAUAUAAGAGUACUGUUAGUGCUUUAUACACAUUGCAAUAUGGCUUGCAUUUAAAAAGAUCCAAUCAUCUUGAUGUUAUUGGAUUCAGUGAUGCUGAUUGGGCCUCUGAUCCUAAUGAUAGGAGGUCUACUUUGGGUUUCUGUGUUCUUAUUGGAGACAACCUUCUUUCUUGGAAUUCUAAGAAGCAAUCUACUGUGUCAAGGUCCAGUACAGAGGCAAAAUACAAAAGUUUAGCCAGUCUAUAUUGA